UGACAUUUCCUGCAGUAGUUUGUGUCUCUGCCCCUCCCACAAUGGUGAGAUUUCCUGCAGUAGUUUGGGUCUCUGCCCCUCCCACAAUGGUGAGAUUUUCUGCAGUAGUUUGUGUCUCUGCCCCUCCCACAAUGGUGAGAUUUCCUGCAGUAGUUUCUGUCUCUGCCCCUCCCACAAUGGUGAGAUUUCCUGCAGUAGUUUGUGUCUCUGCCCCUCCCACAAUGGUGAGAUUUCCUGCAGCAGUUUGUGUGUCUGCCCCUCCCACAAUGGUGAGAUUUCCUGCAGUAUUUGUGUCUCUGCCCCUCCCACAAUGGUGAGAUUUCCUGCAGUAGUUUGUGUCUCUGCCCCUCCCACAAUGGCGAGAUUUCCUCUCAGUAGUUUGUAACUCUGCCCCUCCCACAAUGGUGAGAUUUCCUGCAGUAGUUUGUGUCUUUGCCCCUCCCACAAUGGUGAGAUUUCCUGCAGUAGUUUGUGUCUCUGCCCCUCCCACAAUGGUGAGAUUUCCUGCAGUAGUUUGUGUCUCUGCCCCUCCCACAAUGGUGAGAUUUCCCUUAGUAGUUUGUAUCUCUGCCCCUC